AUGGCGACAGAAGUAAGCACGAAGGUCACAGAAGAGCGUCCAACGUUUCAGCUUCGGGCAGAAACGUCUAUCAACUACGACAAGGAGAGCUAUGAAUAUGAAAGCCACCUGCCACAUUUCGUACCCGGAACUCAGCCUCCAUUGGAAGAGUUCCACCAUGACGAUGUCGGUUUGAGGGCUGAUCCGACCAAGGAGAAUCUUUUAGGGGCAACUGGGGUCAGCUAUGAAGAGGUUACCCCAGCGGUCGGCACUGAAAUCCGUGGAAUCCAACUUAGUCAACUGAGCUUUGCCCAGCUUGAUGAACUGGCACUCUUCGCAGCUGAGCGUGGCGUGGUGAUUUUCCGAGACCAAGAUUUCGCAGACAUUGGACCCGAAAAGCAGAAAGCCUACGGAAGACAUUUCGGUUCACUGCAUGUCCAUCAGAUGGGCGGUCAGAUCAAGGACUACCCAGAACUACUCCCUGUGUACCGCGACUUCACAGCAGGUGCUGUAGAUAACGAGAUCAAAGACAAUGUCACCAGCGUGAAGUGGCACAGCGACAUGAGCUAUGAGAUCUUGAAGGCUGUUCACUCCGGCUUCUCUCAAGCUUCGGUGAACGACCACCGCGACCGAUACAUCCGGGAACCCAUUGAAACCAUCCAUCCAGUCGUGAGAACCCAUCCCGUCACUAAGCAGUUUUCUCUCUACGUCAAUCGGCUGUACACAAAACGAAUUGUCGGUAUGAAGCAGGAAGAGAGUGCCGCCUUACUAGGAUUCUUGUUUAACCAUAUCGAAAGAGGUCAGGACUGGCACUUGCGGGUUCAUUGGAGGCCGGGCACGGUGGUGGUCUACGACAACAGGAACACUCAGCACUCUGCGCUGCGAGACUUCAGGGUCGAAGAGGGGACAACUAAGCGGCAUAUGUUGAGGAUCACGCCGCAAGCGGAGAGGCCGUACUUUGAUCAAUUCAACAGCUCUUAG